CCUACAAAGUACAGAACCACACCGCACUCUCUCUCUUCCUUAAUUGGAGGAAAAACAGGAGAUUUGAAAGGAAAGAGAAGAGCUUUGCCCUUUUGGAAGCAAAUGGCAAACCCUAACACAGCAAAGCUCGGAGCUUUACGGCUUCCGCCCGGAUUCCGAUUCCAUCCGACCGAUGAAGAGCUCGUUCUCCAGUAUUUGAAGAGGAAGGUCUUCUCUUUCCCAUUACCGGCCGCCAUAAUCCCCGAAAUCGAUCUCGGAAAAUACGACCCUUGGGAUCUUCCAGGUGUUGGAGAGCAGGAGAGGUAUUUCUUCUAUUUAAGAGCGGCGAAGUAUCCGAAUGGCCGCCGGGUAAAUCGGGCGAUGGGUUCGGGGUACUGGAAGAUAACAGGGAAGGAGAAGCCUAUUUUUGCUUCGAAGAGUAAUCAGGUGGUUGGUAUGAAGAAGGUUCUGGUUUUCUAUCAUGGAAAAGCGCCGGCCGGAGGGAAAACCGACUGGUUUAUGCAUGAGUACUGCCUCGCCGGCGCCGGCGCCGAUGCCGGUGUUUGCAGCUUUGGAAAGAGGAGCAAUCUGGUCCAUGUGAGCUCUCUCUCUCUCUCUCUUCCUUACCCAAUUUGCCCUUUUUAUGUAUUAUUUACUAAAUACUUAUAUAUUUAUAUUUAUUUAUAUAACAUUUUAAUAUGAAAAUAUCAUGAACAGAUCAGAUAUG